UCAAACUGGAAAAUGAAAGCAUGAGCUUGUUGUUCUUGUCAUUCGCUGCUCAUUUCAUUCCGAAGUUUUACUUUGGUGGUUGGUGCAGUUUCAAAAUAUUUAAUUUAAAUUACCUGUCUUUCCCGAAAUACUGAUAAUUUCUGCAGUUAGACUUGUAGGGAAGAAAAUUACUAACUGCCUAUAAAGUUUUGAUUGUUGUCAUUGUAACAUUAUUGUCAGGAAUUUACAUAACACCGGCGAUAUCAUGAGGAUUUGUUUGUUAAAAACUGUGUCAAACACAUUUAAUAGAAGAUUUCUAUCAACGACAAACUAUAAAAAAGUAACACAUUGCAUAUUUGAUUUGGAUGGGCUACUUUUAGACACUGAAUUCGUUUACAAGAAAAUGGUAACACAAAUAUGUGCCAAAUAUGGCCAUGAGUACACAAAUGAACUCAUGAUGAAAGUGUUGGGUGGCACUGAGCAACGUCUAUCAGAGAUUCUGUGCAAAGAAUUAAAACUUCCCGUGAGUCCUAAAGAGUUUAGAGAUGAACUUCUUGUUCUGGGCGAUACCAUGUUGGCAGGAGCACCAUUGCUGGACGGAGCUGAAAGACUUAUAAGACAUCUUCACAAAACGAAGGUGCCGUUUGCAUUAGCCACAUCUUCCAGUGAGAGGUCUGUACAUACAAAAGUAGCUUCUCACAAGGAGUUGUUUACAUAUUUCCAUCACAUGGUGAUGGGGAGCACAGACAAAGAAGUCAAAUAUGGAAAACCACACCCUGAUAUUUUUUUGGUAGCUGCUUCCCGGUUUCCAGACAAACCAGAGCCAUCAAAGUGCCUUGUUUUUGAAGACUCUCCACAUGGUGUAACUUCAGGGAUAUCUGCAGGUAUGCAGGUAGUCAUGGUACCUGAACCCCAUUUGGACAAGAAGUUCACUAGUCAUGCCACAAUUGUAUUGCCUACUCUAGCUAAAUUCCGACCGGAACUAUUUGGUCUACCAGCCUUCCAGUAACAUGAGACUAUUUUAAAAUCACCAUUCUCUUAUCCUCAUAUAGGCAAUUUGCUCUAUGAUGAAAC